AGAGAGGAAUUUCUUUUUAUUGAAGACUGUCAAGUUAUGUAUGAAACAGCAUAAAAGAUGAGGCUGACUUUGUUUUUCUUUUGCAUUUGAACAGAUUUCAGCCUUGAUAUUUAUCAAGGUCAAAUAACUGCAAUUUUGGGUCACAAUGGAGCAGGGAAAACAACAUUAUUUAAUGUACUCACCGGCAUGACUGCUCCAACACAGGGUAGUGCAAAAAUCUUUGGCAUGGAUGUUUGUGAUGCCAAUGAUUUAACAAAUAUUAGACGGAUCACUGGCAUUUGUCCCCAGCAUGAUGUCGUCUUUAUGACACUCACACCACGGGAACACCUAAGAUUCUUUGCUCAAAUCAGGGGAAUUCCAUCCGAAAAAAUCAAAGCCGAAGUGGAGCAAACGUUGAAGAACAUUGACCUUUAUAGUAAAGGAGACACCAAGGCUGCCAACCUUUCAGGUGGCCAGAAAAGAAAACUGUCAAUUGGUAUUGCUCUUAUUGGAGACCCAAAGAUAGUUUUCCUUGACGAGCCAACAGCUGGGGUUGAUGCCUAUUCUAGGAGACGACUCUGGACGCUAUUGAAGAACAAGAAAGAAGGGAAGGUAAUCCUACUGACAACCCAUUUUAUGGACGAAGCUGAUAUUUUGGCUGAUAGGAAGGCAGUUGUUUCACGUGGCAGACUUCGGUGUUGUGGCUCCUCUCUUUUCCUAAAAAACAAGUUUGGGCUUGGUUAUCAUCUCACGUAUGUAUAUUGUAGAUCAGUGCUUUGUGAAAUUUUUAUAUUAUUUAAUUUUACUCAUCUCUGUUCAUCCUUUGUUUGGUCUCAAGGCAGAAUAACAUGUAAAAUGUCACAGGCUGAAUUGUUACCAAAAUGUUUGGAUAAUGAUUAUCUCAGCAGAAACUCCCCAUAGGGUACUGGUGAGGGU